UGGCUCUACCCUACCCAGAGCCAUGGGGAGCCGGGGUCCUGCUGAGCUGUCCCCUGUGCAGGCUCCUUACACGGUUCUACUGCUGCCCCUGGGAACGAGCCGCCAAGACCCCGGGGCCCAGAGCUUCUUCCUUUGGCUGCAGAGGAUGCGGGCUCUGGAGAGAGAACAGGAUGCCCUGUGGCACGGGCUGGAGCUGCUGGAGCACAGCCAGGCCUGGUUUGAAGACCGUCUGAGGGAGGCACAGCAACAGCAGCUGCAUCUGGGGGCCCUUGGGGAGAAUUUUCUAACAGAUUUACACUCGCAGUCUGGUGGUCCCCAGUUAGCCCAGAUUCAAAAGGUGAACAUCUGUUUGCAAAAUCUGAUUCAGGGCAAGUUCUUCCCACGUCCAUUGAACAAAGCUAGUUCCUGUACCACCCAGGCCCGGAAGGAAAGGCCGAGGGAGCAGCACUCGAGGGAGCAGCACUCGUGGCAGCGGCAGGAGCUGUCAAGGCAACAGAAAAGAGUCCUCCAGCCGAAGGAGAUGGCUCAGCCGGGCCAUUCCAAGGGGCAGAAGGGCCCUACCCAUGUCUAAUCUGAGCCCUCCUCUCCCUUCUCAGCCUGGUGAAGGAGGAGGCUGAGACUCCCCUGCCUCCUUAUUCUGUCUCAUCCCCAGUGGAGAUGGCCCAGGUCAACGAAGUUCAGACGUCUUUGUGUCAAGCUCUCCUAUGCCCCCCAAAACUUCCAUUUCUUCUUUUUAUCAUCUCAUGCCCUCACUCUCCCCUGUCAGAUAUGCAAAAAAUGAUCUUUGAACUCCCCCUAGGGAGAAGACAUGUUUAUUAUUGAACUGUCCGUUGACUUUAAAUACAAAAAUAAAAUAGAAGCUCCUCCAGAAUUUAAAAUAAAAACGAUUCUAUAAAUAA